GCCGAAAGACGCCUGCGCACCAACGCACUGCCAGUGGGAGGAGGGGAAAACUCUGAGCGACAGAGGCCUACUGCAAGAACUCACCCCUCGGGCAGGGAUUACCGGCCACAGGCGCGACUGGCCGGUCUCACGGCAACAGGCAGAGUACAGUUGUUGGAAGGAAAAGCACAAUGGAAGUCCUGCGACCAACACUCAUAAGGAUUGGAGGGCGUGUUUACAGGAAAACCAAUGUUAGAGAACAAGCCCACCAGCAGGAAGAGGAAGAAGAUUUCUAUGCAGCUCCUGGUGAUGCUGCAGAUGAACCUUGUGAUGCCUUUAUGAUAGAAGAAACAGAAAGAGGUUACCGAUGUGCUAUGGAUAUUCCCAGUCCACUUUACAAGUAUAUAAUAGGAAAGAAAGGAGAAACAAAGAAGAAACUAGAAACAGAAACCCGGACCUCUAUCAAUAUACCUGGUCCUGGUGUUGAAGGAGAAAUUGUGAUCACAGGACAGCACCGGAAUGGUGUUGUUUCAGCUCGAACACGAAUUGAUGUUCUUGCCGAGAGCUUUCGCAAAAAACAGCCCUUCACACACUUUCUGUCAAUUGCACUCAACCAAGCUGCAAUCCAGGAAAAGUUUCUACAAUUCAAGGAAGAAGUGUUAGAGAAGUGUUCAAAUGACUGUGGUAUCAGCAGCACUUUGUUCCAGAACCCAGCAAAGCUACAUCUAACUAUUGGGACAUUGGUACUUUUGAAUGAACAGGAAAUCCAAAAAGCCCAGGAACUUCUGAAGAAAUGUAAAGAAGAUUUUAUUGACUCGAUUACUGGAGGCAAACCACUAACUAUAGAAGUAACAGGUAUAGAAUAUAUGAAUGAUGAUCCAGCUAUGAUCGAUGUCCUCUAUGCAAAAGUCCACACAAAGGAUGGAUCUAAGCUUCAGCUGAUAGCAGACAGAAUGAUGGAACGGUUUGUGACCUCUGGGCUGAUGAUGAAAGAGUGGGAUAGGGUGAAACUCCAUGCCACGGUCAUGAAUACGCUCUUUCGAAAAGAUCCUAGCGCUGAAGAGCAAAAUAACAGAACUGCAGGCAAAGCUUCUAAGGAAAGGGAGUCAUUUGAUGGUCGAAAGAUAUUGAAGCUCUUUGAGAACUUCUGCUUUGGUGAAGUGCAGCUGAAUUCAGUCUUCCUCUCUCAGCGAUUCUCCACAGACAACUCUGGUUACUAUGCAACAUCUGGGCAAAUCACUUUCUCCUGCAGUGCAGAUUCAUCUGCCCCAACAGAUUGUGCAUGAUGACAUCAGGACUGCAUGAUGCACACAAGAUGAUGAUGAUCUAAGGGAUCCUGUUACUAGGACAUUCAUCAAAGCAUUCUUCUCUCAUUGCUAUGGAAGUGAGUCUUCCUCUCAUUGGGAACUGUUGCCCUACAAAUUGCUUUUCUUAUUUCUAAAAGAAUUGCAGAAAACACAAUCCUUGCAAGCAGAUUUCCACAUCAUUUAUCAGUUAUUGCCAUGUGUAGAUUUGCCAAAUGGUACCAAAGAGCACCUCACGAAAUAUGGUAGUGCUUGCUUAUUCAUGCAGGCAAUCCUGAAGCCACACAGUGGGUGAUAACCUUGAGAGCGUCACUUACAGAUCCUCAUGAAAACAUUUUACACCUCCUGUAGUUCUUGGAAUUGGCCCUAUAUCUUAAAAACAUCAUAACUGUUGUGUUUUAAGUUCCAUCGUUCUUUCAUCUUAUGAUCUUAUACAAAACAAACGAGAGAGAAUUUAAAAAAAAUAAACCAUGAGGCAUGAAAGGUUGAUUGAAAGAUGGGAAUGAUUACAGAUGGGAAGCAAAAGGUGAACACUGGUGUAGUAGUAAAAAUCCUUGACUGUACUGGAAUAAAUGUUGGGUACAAAUCUUGACAAGAAAGCUCUCUGGUGGAUUCACCUUAAGAUCAUUAUAAGUCAGAAAUGACUUGAAGGCACACAAAAACAGAAGAUUUUGACCUAGCCAAUCCAAAUGUGUGUCAUCCAUAAAUUUGGUUGGAAACAAUUUGGAGUUUCAUUGUUCUCAUUUGCUUACUCUGAUAGGAGUACUUUUGGUUCACAUUCACCUUCUCCCCUGUGCACAGAUUGUCUGUGCAGUAAUACUGGCAGCUUAAGAUUUCAGCAAGGUUUCCUUAUUUGCUCAAACAGUUCCUGUCUUCUUGGGUUAGGCUCCUUUUUUGUAAAUUUUUAAUAAUUUUCUUGAGUAAAGUUAAUGGGAUACAAAAUAUAAAAAGGAGAAGCAUCUAUAGAUAGUCAAAUACAUCUAAUACGGGUAUGUUGUUCCCCCAAACAGAUACAUUCUGGGAGUUGUAGGCCAAAAACAUCUGGGGACCCCAGGUUGAGAACCAAUGCAUUAGAUACUACUAUGAAGCAGCAGGAUUUAGCUAGUUAAAGGAAUGGAUUAGACUCAAGGGCCACACUUAACCUGGAGGGCUACAACUUAAGAUAUGGAUGGCAUGCUUACUUAUGGUAUGGAAAAGAUACAAAGAAUUUAACAGACAUCCAAUAAGAUCUAGCCUCCUAAGGAUCUGGAAGUGAUAUAAGGAAGGGAUGGAAUUAAAAACCUCUAUAUCGCUGCGUCCAUUGGAAGCAUUACUUAGGCCAACAUCCAGUGAGGAAAUUAGGAACUUAUAGGGAGUAUUUAAAGAAAAAGACCAAUGGAAAUUAAAACUGAGAGAAGAGAUGGGGAUAAGUGACUGGUUCUGUUACCAUCAAUUGCAUGAUCGAUUUAGAAAAUAUGUUAAAGUAGGGUUUGCUAACAGAAAAUCAAUGUUGAAAGGUAUUCUUGAGAAGGGGAAUAAGGGCUUAGUUUCUAGUUUAUAUAAAUAUAUACUAGAAUACAAUCUAGAAGAAAACGAAAUGAAAAUCACUAUGAUCUCCUGGGCUAAAGACAUAGGGGGAAAUAUUGAUCUGGAGAAUUGGAAGCAUCUUUGGAAAAGUGGGUUUAAAUUCUUGGGUUAUACUCUUGAGGAUGUUUUAUUACUUUUAUGAAUGCCUCUGCUCUUGAUAGGCAAUGCGAAAUACUGUAUCUUUUGUGGCACUGAAGGAUCUAUGAACUAUUUUAAUGAUUACUCUUAAAAUAUGAAACCACUCUGCAGCCUAUAUUCACUGCUUGGCUGCCUGGUGUUUUUACCUACACUCUUCAGUGAUUAGGAGCCACUUUUGAGGCUCUUAGCCUUAACUUUGUCAAUCACCUAGGAAGUGCUUUGCUCUCAUAAUAGCUUUCAGGACCUUUUAAUAUCAGCCUUCCCAAAUAUUGGCCUUUUUGAUUCUCCCUCUAUCCCAAGCAAAGGCUAAAAGGAUUUUGUUGUUAUCCCACAGACUUCUCUCAAAGUAGACCAAAGAAGUACAACUGAAAGCUGCUUGACAUUUUUAACUACAGCAACCAAGAUGCUGCUUAUAUGCUUAGCAAUAUACUUCAUGCUGAAUAUUGAAUCCCCUAAAAGGACAUGAGUGCUAUUUUUAUUCUUUGCCUGCCAUUUCCUCACAGAAGCAUUUUCAAUAAAUUUUCCUUCCUGAUCA